UAUAUAGAAGGUACCGGAAGUGCACCCUACAACUUCCGGUGAAAUACAAAUCAUGCAGCGCCGCAUUUGUUAUUCACUUUAGCGUGCCUGAUCAGUGGGAUAAAACCAUGUUCACUCCGCCGAAGGAGGGAAUGCCCAGCAUGAUAGACAGGGCGCUGAGGAUGAGGAGGGAGGAGCAGGCUCGUCAGGUGGUCCUUGCCUGGGCUGUUCUAAACGUAUCUCUUGCUGGCAUGAUUUACACUGAAAUGUCAGGCAAGCUGCUGAGCCGAUACUACAACAUUACCUACUGGCCUAUCUGGUACAUCGAACUGGUGCUUGCCUCCCUUUUUAGCCUCAAUGCUCUUUUUGACUUCUGGAAGUAUUUCAAAUACACAAUGGCUCCGUCCACCAUUGCUGUAAGCCCUGAGCAGCAUCACCUUCUGGGUCUGAGAAACACAAGUAUUCAGGCAUCUCCGCCUCAAAAGCCAGAAAAGAAGGAAGCUCCGGCUCCAGCCCAGUCAUCUCCUUUGCAGGGCCAGAGCGUGCUCAGCUUUAGUCCCUCUCGUACAGCUUCCAGCAGCCCCAAGUUCUCCCCCAGCUGUGUUCCUGGAUAUAGCCCCACACUCAGCAACCCAUCCCCAACAAACAAUGCAGGAGGCCCCUUUUCCCCUUCUGUGUCCUUUGGAAAGGUGCUGAACUACAGUCCACCCUCUGGCUCCUCUCCUUAUCCCACUACUAUUGGGUCAGCAGAAGGCUCCAGUUUGAGGGCUCGUUACCGCACACCUCCCUCAGUGUUUAACUCCCCUGGAAGCAAGGAGGACUACAUGGAGGAUCUGAGAAGUCUGGAGAGGUUCCUGCGAACAGAGGAGGAAAGGAGUCAUCGGAGCCAGCUUGGAAGUCCAGAGUCUUUGUCUCCAAGUCACAGUCCUACGUUUUGGAACUACAACCGUUCGGUGGGAGAUUAUGCGCAGAGCCUGAGGAAGUUCCUUUACCAGCCUGCAUGCCGCUCUCAGGCGCCUUCUGCCCACAAGGAUGAGACGGACCUGGGCUCCAAACAGGCUGCAGAGGAGGUGUGGGCGAGAAUCACAACCAGUCGCCCGGUUUUAGAUCGCAUUGAUGGCUGGACAGCCAAGCUUAGAAAUUGGAUCAGUGAUACUAUCUUGGUCCCCUUGGUCAAAGAAAUAGACUCAGUUAAUAGCUUGCUCAGGAGAAUGGGCUGCCCAGAGCUCCAGAUAGGAGAGGCCAGCAUAAGCAGUCUGAAACAGGCAGCAGUGACCAAAGCCUCCUCCAUCCCUACUUUGAACUCUAUUGUCCAAUACUUGGAUAUCACACCCAACCAGGAGUAUCUAGUGGACCGGAUAAAGGAGCUGGCUCACAGCGGUUGUAUGAGCUCCUUUCGCUGGAACGGUGGUGGUGACCUGAAGAACAGGAAAUGGGAUACAGACCUUCCUACUGACUGUGCUAUCCUCAUGCAUGUGUUUUGCACAUACCUGGACUCCAGGCUGCCUCCGCACCCAAAGUACCCAGAUGGGAAGACUUUCACUUCUCAACAUUUUAGCCACACCCCGGACAAACCUGAUGUUACCAAGGAGAACCUCUUCUGCAUUCAUCAAAGCAGCACCACUCCUCCUCACUACCAGCUCAUCUACCAAGGACAUGUCUACAGUCUUCCCAAGGGCAGGAACAACCUGUUCCACACAAUCCUCAUGUUCCUCUAUGUUAUUAAGACCAAGGAGUCAGGGAUGCUGGGGAGAGUGAAUCUGGGCCUCUCAGGUGUGAACAUCCUGUGGAUAUUUGAGGACUGAGGCGUCAUCCUCAAAUAUUAAGUUACAAGGGAACUCCAAGUGGAUUUGAGGACAUGUGUGUCCCCUUUCUGGUGCACAUGAGCAAAAAAAAAAACAACAACAAACAAACAGCACACAAGACUUCAGUUAGAGUAGAUGCAUGUUCUCUGAACAUUUUGAUGAUUGACAGCCUGCUGUGUUUUCAUUUGCAUUUUUAGAGACAUGUUUCUUUUUCACCACAGAGUGCUUAUGAUACAACAAAGAGCUGUAUUUUUUAAACAGUGUUUGGAGUUUCUGAUUUUUUACUUUAAGAAUGUACCCGCAUGGCAGCCUUGUAAAUAAUAUACCUCAGAUUUAUCUGGUGGACAGCAAGGGCUCAGACCCAUCAGCUUGAAUGUAAAUAGCAACCUUUUGUCGCUUUCCCCCCUGUCCUGUUGUAGUUUAGAAUGCAAUAAUCGGAUUAUUCCUGGCAUGUGCUUGAAUUACUGGGGAGGGAAAAAAAAGACCAGUGGAUAUUGCAGCUAUGCUGAAAGCAGUUGUACGUAUAUGUACAGCUGCGGAAAUGCUGCACAUACAUGUACAACAGUUGAACUAUAUGUGAUGGAGAGAUGAAAAGCCUUCAAGUCACCAAUGUCUGUUUCUGUGAAUAUUUCUUUUCCUUAGAUUUUAUACCACCCUCUACAUGUUUGUUUUCGAUAAAGCUGUUUUACGAGUGUCAAAUGAGACUUGGAAAUUAAAUUGAAAUAUUAAUAAUAGAAAA